UUUCCUAAAAAUUCUACUGAGGGUUUUAUCAAAAUUUAGAAAAUGGCUAACACGACGUUUAUUGAAAGCUGGAACGAUAUAAUGCCUUAUAAGAUAAAGGCAUCCGAGCUGGAACAUCCAACGGAAGCAUUUGUUUUUCGAAGUAUUGUUAGUUUUUUAAAAAUGCUGAAAUAUGAUGUGACGGAAUUUGAAAAUAUGUAUACCGAGCCUAAAGAAGUAUUGCUAUCAAAAAGAACAAAUCUAGUGGCUCAUAUAAAUUACUUCUAUCAACUCUGUCUUGUUUCGAAGCAAAGUCAGUUCUUUUAUGUGGAUCUAAUUAAACCUUCUCCAAAGAAAACUGUCCAUGUUUUGAAUAUACUGUUAAACUACCUGUUUUACGUGAAUAUGGUAAAAGAUGAUACGGUUCAGAGGGCGAAUAACUGCGUCGCGAAGUAUCAUGAACUAAUGGAUAAGAUGAAUUUACAGCGAUGUGAAAUGGAAAAUCACAAAAUCAAGAUAAGUAAUAUUGAGCAAAAUAUCUGCCGAAUGAAAGAUCAACUACCACAGUUGGAACAAGAAAAUGAAAAACUACGGGAAAAGCAGAAAGAAGUGAAGGAUAAAAUCGGCAGCCUGAAAUCGGCUGAAAGUGACAUUGAGGAGAAGAUUAUAAAAUUGAAGACUGAUGUAGCUUCUCUCAAACAACGGCGUGUGGUAGAUGAAGAUGCGGCAAUUCUUAUACAAAAAAACGAAGAGCUUGAAGUAGAGAUAGAGGAAUACGGCAAUCAAGAAAAAUCUUACCAGUUGGCUAAUUCCGAGUAUACUACUCUUAUGGGACAAAUUCAACCGUGCAUAUUGACCUUAGAAGAUAUACUUCAAAAUCCGCUAGACGAUUCUUUGAAGGCUCUCAAAACCGAGGUCAACACACUGCAACUAAACUGCAAUAGAUUAGAAAAAGAUUGCGCCAAUAAAAAGACCAUCCUUGAGGCGGCUAUGAAAAAUGCCGAAUCGGUUCGGGCUUACAUUGAAGCCAAACAAAGAGAACUGGAAGCUGAGCGGAAAGUGAAACGGAAGACAGAGCGUAAAACUGUAGCCGAUUUAAGUGAGAAGCAACAGCAUCUUGAUGAGCUGCAAGAAAAAAAAGAUGAACAUUUGGACGAGAUUCAAGCUUUAAAAGAAGCGAUUCAACUCGUCAUGCAAAUAGCAGAUGAUACAAUGAAAUUUUUGAUGCGAGAUCCUGUUAGAACGGCGAACAAAAUUACAUAAAGAAGCCGGCGCUCACGGUGGAAUGGUAUUUUACCAAGCUGAAUUUCGUCAAAGGUGAAAAUUUCUGAGAUGGACUGGAUUUUUUCAACCACUCUAGAGUAUUAGUUUAAAACAAAAAUGAGUACCUAUGCAUGUUUUUUAAAUGUAAUUGAAAAGAAAUCAACGUUUUAGCGUACACCAUGAAAUUUACUUUGCAUAUAUAUAUAAAUAAU